AUGACACCUCCCAAAGGCGAUCAAAGCAUUACUUUGACUGGAGAUGACAUUCAAUUCGUGCCGGUCACCAUCACCGCUGGCCGCUCGAUGACGGCCACAGACGCCUCGAGUACCUCUACUGAUGAUGCAGCUUCUUCGGUCGCGACCUCGCCUACCAGCACCGGUGGUCUACCCCGGAUGACUGCCAAUUCUGGUGUGGCCUUGGAGGGUGCGGCGGCAGUAAUUGUCGCAGCUCCUCCGUGA